AUGUGCUACUCGAUCUCAUACAUGCUCUGCAAAGUCUUCCCGCUGCUCGCCCUUUGCUCCAGCCGCGGUGGCAAGAACCUCGAUGACUUGUCGAACCUCAUGACAGCAGUCAAUGCUGACAACGUUGAUAUUGAGCGAAUAUUCCCCCUUCUUCGAGCGGUUCUUUGCAAAGCGUCUGACAAGGAUAAGCUGGGGCAAACGCACGUCGGAGUACCCGGGUUCUUCGACGCGUUCUUUGGAGAAGUUGCAGGUCUCGGUACGGCGGCACAGGCCGAGGAGCGUGGCUGGAAGGGCUGGCCUGAAGGAGCGGGAGAGCGGGAUGUCUUGAGCUGGUUUGCACUGCUCACAGAACAGCUCUUGGACUCUGCAGAAGAGCAUUGGGCAGGCCCUAGGCUCUUACAGGGUUCUACAGCCGACUGCAAGCUGGACAUUGGGUUUGUAGACAACGAGAGCGCUGACAUCAACUCCAGAUAUCACUGGUCACGCAUCCUUGUGCCUGGAGAGCUCAAGAGCAACCCGUUGGCGGACAAAGCAUCCAAGGCGUGGCUUGAUCUUGGCCAAUAUGCGGGAGAAGUGCUUGCCGCUCAGGACAGUCGCCGCUUCAUUCAUGGCUUCACGCUGUGUGGAUCGCUCAUGCGGCUGUGGAGCUUCGACCGACUGGGGGCCAUUGCAUCCGAGCAAUUCGAUAUCAACAAGGAUGGGCUGCAGUUUGUGUCUGCAGUGCUAGGCUUUCUCUGGACGAACAGGGUGCAGCUGGGCCUUGAUCCGACAAUCACUACAGCUGGCGACAAGCGGUACAUCGAGAUCGAGCAAGACAACCGCAAAGAGCGCCUCGUCAUUGACAAGGUGAUAAAACGAGUGGCUUGCGUUGCCGGUCGGGCAACAACCUGCUGGCGGGUCCAUCGGGAAGAUGAUCCCAACACCCCGCUCGUUGUCAAAGACUCCUGGCAGUACCCGGCAUGUGAAGAGGAGGGCGAGCUGCUACACGGGGCGACCGAGAAGGGCGUGAUGAACGUUGCAAGGUACUUCCACCACGAGACGGUCCGUGUCGGUGGUCGAGACGACGACAUCCACACAAACGUACGGAGAGGUCUGGACAUAACAAAAGCGAAAAACUACGCGGCAAGGAAGCCGAUGCCGCCGCUGAGUACGACUGGAUAUUGGGCUUCACAAAAAGACGGAAGCAGCGUCACCGGGCGGAAGCAAUCCUCGAGCUGCACGGAUGCACCAUUGCCGCCUAGCAAGCGCACUUGCUUGACCUCUCCGACAAAACCUGCCAUUACAAACCGUGUCCACCGCCGAGUCAUUGUGCAUGACUACGGGAAGCCCAUUUACAAAGCAAGCUCUCGGGCCAGCCUACUUGCGGGGCUGGAAGGCUGCAUCGAGGGUUACGAGUCGUUACAUACACGAGCAGGCAUGCUGCAAUGCGACAUCUCCCCCAACAACCUUAUGGUGAACGAAGACGAGAACAACGCGUCUUGGCCCGCGUUCCUGAUCGACCUCGACCACGCGAUCAAGGAGCAAUGUGAGCAGGCCUCUGGAGCACGUGGGAAGACCGGUACGCGAGCUUUUAUGGCCAUCGGGGUGCUUCCUGACGAUGGGCCACACUCGUUCAUGCACGACCUCGAGUCAUUCUUCUGGGUGCUGUUCUGGAUAUGCAUUCACUAUGAUGGGCCGGAUAAACACAUUGGACCAUCCGAGUUUGAAUGUUGGAACUACGAGAACGAUCAGAAGCUUGCAGGCUCAAAGAAGAGCUCCGAAGGAAGGUGUUUCCCAAUAGCGAGAGAUGGAGGGACCUCAGCCUGCAGCUAUACCUCGAUAUGA